AUGGUCGAUGUUCCACUAAAUGAUUGCGUGAAGAUACAAUGCAACGUUCCAGAGCUACACUUCAAAGUUAAUGCUCUGGUCAAGCGAGAAUAUGACGGAGCUAUCGCAAUUCUCACUUCAGUCGCAGAGAGGAUGCGCAUUAUAACCGACGUUGACAUUGGUGCACCUCCAGGAACAAAUGUUAUACUAUCUAGACCUGAUGUGAGCGGUGGCAAACGAUAA